UUGUCAUACAAUAUUUAUUAUCUUAACACGGUCCACGGUCCAUCAUAUGUAACUUACUAGUAGUAAAGUACAGUUGAUUUCAAACUUCCUUUGCAUAGGUCCGCAUAUGCGGUGCAGGGUUUGUACAUUUUGCGCGUUAUAUUACCGUCAUAUUGCCACGCAUCGAUUCUCCAUUGCUUAUGAUCUUGGAAGAGAUUGUUGUUCAACAUUCAACUAGGUCAGAAUUUAUUCGGUUUUCAGCACGACGAUCUUCGGAGUAUGGCCGUUCCUGACCCACUUGAUUAUGACAUUCAUCCCAAAUUCGGGUUUGUUCCCGAAAACCCUGCUAGAGAACUUCCGUCAUACUAUUACCCUUGGAUGACCUUCACGGUCAAUGUCCAAGAUUAUGUCCACAACAGGACGAUCCGUGACAAGAUCAAAGAGCUACCGUUGCUAGACCACGCCCACCUUGGAGAUGACGUCAGACUUCUUCGACUUGCCCAUUGUCUUCUGACUGGUUUAGCCCAGUGUUAUAUAUGGGUUGAUGGCUUUGAAGGAGUCCCGGAGAUACUUCCCCGCCAGAUUGCGGUACCUCUGAAGGGUGUGUCGGACAAACUCAAUUACCCACCGAGCCCUAUGUAUCACACCUCGAGCUUGUGCAAUUGGAAACUCAAGGACCCGGAUGGUCCUAUUGUUCCAAAAAACGUGGAAACGAUUUUUACAAUGAACGGAGGUGAGAAGGAAAGUAAUUUCAUGACGUCGACGCUCCCGUACGAAUUUCUUGCAACUGAGGGGUUAUUUGCUGUCAGCGACGCUCAAAAGGCCGUGUUACAAGGAAAUGGUGAUAACCUAGCCAUUUGUCUGGAAAAACUAAAAAACUGCUUACAAAGCUUGAAGAAAAGUCUCCUGGUUGUUCGAGAUGGAUGCGACCCAGAACAUUUCUAUCACAAAAUCAAGCCUUUUGCCGAAGGCUGGGAUUCUCCUCCUUUUCACAAGAAAAAUCUUAAGGGCAUAGUCUUUGAAGGUGUUAGUGACGAGCCCAUUGGUUGCGGACCACUAACAGCCGCCCAGACGCCAACAUUACCCGUCUUUGAUGCCGCACUGGGUAUCAAACACACACCAGAAGAAGAGAGGAACCGUCUUCUUCUCCGAAAAGCCAUGCCGCCUGCUCAUGUCCGCUUCAUCAUAGCAGUUGAGAACGGCCCUUCUAUCAAAGACUUCGUUGAAUCAACGAAAGAUCCGACCUGCAAAGACAUGUAUAACAGCUGUAUCCAUGCUAUAAAGGACUUCAGAAGUGGUCACGUGCAAAGUGUCACCAGUUAUGGAGUAAUCCCAGGCGCCAAGAAAGCACGUGAUUCUGAUGACCCGGAAGCAAUAAGAGAAAUGUCAAAAGGAAAUGCAGAACUGUUGGGGUUCUUGAAAGGUAUGCGAGAUAGUACUGGGCCAACAUUAGACUAACUGGAAGCAGUUCAGAUGGCGUCUUCCAGGAGGCACAUUAUUGUACAUUUAAGACUCGUUCAGAUAUUACCCGGUAAACCGCUGAUUCUGCACAAAAACCACAUGUAGAUUUAUUCUGAUUACUGUAACAUUUAAAUGGUUGAUUUUGUAUUUGGCCAUGUAACGUAUUCAUAUAAACAUGUACAUAUAAAACAAGUGUUUUCAUUAGAACAAAUGCUAUUACAAUGCUGCAAGGUCAUGAGGAUGAUGAUGAUGAUGAUCAUGAUGAUGGCUUACAAUGUAGUGUAUAGCGAGGGUAUGUUAUCAACAUGUAUCAAUAAAUUAUUCUCAUUAUUGCACAUAGCUAUACCGAGUUUGUUUAAGAUUAAACGUUCUUGAUUUUUUAAUUUUCCUACGAGAAGAAUUAAUGCUUAGUGUGUAUUUUGAUGGAAUCGAUGCUAUAAUAAUGAAAUAACUUGGAUAGUUAGUUUAAUGGCCUCACAUACUCACAACAUGCUCAUGUAGAUAACUACUCUAUUCUAAGUUUGUGUAAUAUUCAAUUGUUACUUUUCAAAUUGCUUUGAAACGUGUUAAUUUAUACGUGUAUCCCACAAGUAUAUUUGAUAUAAUAAAUACCAUAACAAUUAAA